CGCCCCGACGCGCGGGGGGUCCCCGCGCCCCGCCGGCGCGCCGCCUCGGUCCUCCCCCUGCCCCACGGCUCCGGGGCUUUUUCCCCCGUUGAGGAGGCUAGCAGGAGCCCCCCGCUUUCUCCCGCAGGAAGAGGGGUGCGGGGAGAAACUUAUUUUCAACAAGUUUGGUGUUUUUUUCUUUUUUCCUUUUUUAUUUUUGUUCCUUUUUCCCCUCCUCCUCCUGUGCGUUAAUUAUUUUAGCCCCUCUCCCCUUUCGAUGUGCGGCUUUGGACAUGCGGAGGCUACUGCAACCGUGUUGGUGGAUCUUUUUCUUGAAAAUUACCAGCUCCGUGCUCCAUGAUGUGGUGUGCUUCCCCGCUUUGACUGAAGGUUAUGUUGGCUCUCUGCAUGAAAACAGACAUGGUAGUUCUGUGCAAAUACGAAGGCGAAAAGCUUCGGGGGAUCCUUACUGGGCAUACUCGGGUACCUAUGGUCCUGAGCACUGGGUCACUUCCAGCGAGAAAUGUGGAGGGUCUCACCAGUCUCCCAUAGACAUCGUAGACCAUCAGGCCCAUGUUGGAGAUGCGUAUCAAGAGCUGCAGCUUGAUGGUUUUGACAACGAAUCUUCAAACAAGACUUGGAUGAAAAACACAGGAAAAACGGUUGCCAUCCUGCUGAAGGAUGAUUAUUUUGUCAGUGGUGCCGGGUUGCCGGGCAGAUUCAAGGCAGAGAAAGUGGAGUUUCACUGGGGUCAAAGCAAUGGAUCAGCUGGCUCUGAGCACAGCAUCAACGGCAAGAGGUUCCCCGUUGAGAUGCAGAUUUACUUCUACAAUCCAGAUGACUUUGACAGCGUUGGAACAGCAGUUCUAGAAAACAGGGUAGUAGGAGCCAUGGCCGUGUUUUUUCAAGUCAGUCAGAGGGACAAUCCAGCACUGGAUCCCAUUAUCCAUGGGUUGAAGGGCGUCGUACAUCAUGAGAAGGAGACCUUUCUGGAUCCCUUUGUGCUGAGGGACCUUCUGCCAUCAUCUCUGGGGAGUUACUACCGCUACGCAGGUUCCCUGACUACGCCUCCGUGUAGUGAGAUCGUGGAGUGGAUCGUUUUUCGGAAGCCCGUUCCCAUUUCUUACCAUCAGCUGGAGGCAUUCUACUCCAUAUUCACCACUGAGCAGCAAGACCACGUCAAGUCCGUGGAGUACCUGAGGAAUAACUUCCGACCACAGCAAAGCCUGAACAACAGGAAGGUGUCCAAGUCUGCUGUGAAGGAUGCUUGGAGCCAAGAUCUGACAGACGUCUUGGAAAAUCCACUUGGCACAGAGGCUUCCAAAGCUUGCAGCACUCCUCCAGUCAACAUGAAAGUGCAGCCUGUGAACAGGACAGCAUUACUUGUAACCUGGAACCAACCAGAAACCAUCUACCACCCUCCGAUCGUGAACUACAUGAUCUCAUACAGCUGGACUAAAAAUGAAGAUGAAAAGGAGAACACUUUCACCAAGGACAGUGAUAAGGACCUGAAGGCCAUCAUUAGCCAUGUCUCACCUGACAUCCUUUAUCUGUUCAGAGUUCAAGCAGUUUGCCGAAAUGAAAUGCGUAGUGACUUUAGCCAGACUAUGCUCUUUCAAGCUAACACCACUCGAAUUUUCGAGGGGACCAGAAUUGUGAAAACAGGAGUGCCCACAGCAUCUCCUGCAUCCUCAGCUGACAUGGCUCCCAUCAGCUCCGGAUCCUCCACUUGGACCUCCUCGGGGCUCCCCUUCUCCUUCGUGUCUAUGGCCACAGGGAUGGGGCCUUCCUCCAGCGGCAGCCAGGCCACUGUGGCCUCGGUAGUGACCAGCACCUUGUUGGCAGGACUGGGAUUCAGCGGUGGUGGCAUCUCCUCCUUCCCCAGCAGCGUGUGGCCCACCCGGCUGCCCGCGGCGGCUGCCCCCAGCAAGCAGGCGGGACGGCCUGUGGUGGCCGCCACCGAGGCCGCUGCCUCCCCAGGGCCAGAGCGGGACUCGGCACUGACGAAGGACAGCGAGGGAGCUGAGGAGGGGGAGAAGGAUGAAAAGAGUGAAAGCGAGGAUGGGGAGCGGGAGCAUGAGGAAGAGGAAGAAAAGGAUGCCGAGAAGAAAGAGAAAAACAGGGCGACAACAGCCACAGAGACACGCAAUAGCACAGAGCCCAGCGUGGCCACGGCUUCCCCCAACCGGACUGCUGAGGAAGAAGGAAAUAAAACCAUAUCGGGUGAAGAGCCAAACCAAAACCUUGCCCCCACGGCUGGAGGUCCCGAGGAGGAGAGCUUUGCUGAAGCAGACACUCAGCCCCAGCCGCUCCCUUCCACACAGGUGCCGCCAGCAUUCACCAACGAACUUUACCUGGGGAAGAUCCCAAGAAGACCAGAGGCAACAAGAAAGCCUCCUCCAAAGGAGGACAGGUUUCCAGAGGAAUACCCCUCAGAUAACAAAUUUAUCACUAUUAACCCAGCUGACAAGAACAGCUCCAGCAUGGCCACGAGACCUUCUCCUGGUAAAAUGGAAUGGAUCAUCCCGCUUAUCGUGGUCUCAGCACUGACCUUCGUGUGCCUCAUUCUUCUCAUUGCUGUGCUUGUCUACUGGAGAAAGUGUUUUCAGACUGCCCAUUUCUAUGUGGAGGACAGCAGUUCCCCCCGUGUGGUCCCCAAUGAAAGCAUUCCCAUUAUACCUAUUCCAGAUGACAUGGAAGCAAUUCCAGUCAAGCAGUUUGUUAAACACAUCAGUGAGCUGUAUUCUAAUAACCAGCAUGGGUUCUCUGAAGACUUUGAGGAAGUGCAGCGCUGUACGGCCGACAUGAACAUCACUGCAGAGCAUUCCAACCAUCCCGACAACAAGCACAAGAACAGAUACAUCAACAUCCUGGCCUAUGAUCACAGCAGGGUGAAGCUGAGGCCUUUACCAGGAAAAGACUCUAAGCACAGUGACUACAUUAAUGCUAAUUACGUCGAUGGUUACAACAAAGCAAAAGCCUACAUUGCUACCCAGGGACCUUUAAAGUCUACCUUUGAAGAUUUCUGGAGGAUGAUUUGGGAACAAAAUACUGGAAUCAUUGUCAUGAUCACAAACCUCGUUGAAAAAGGAAGAAGAAAAUGUGACCAGUACUGGCCAUCAGAGAACAGCGAGGAGUACGGCAACAUCAUCGUCACGCUCAAGAGCACAAACGUUCACGCCUGCUACACCGUGCGCCGCUUCACAGUCAGGAACACGAAGAUGAAGAAGGGCCAGAAAGGGAACCCCAAAGGGCGGCAGAAUGAGAGGACGGUGAUUCAGUACCACUACACUCAGUGGCCUGACAUGGGUGUGCCAGAGUAUGCCCUGCCCGUGCUGACCUUUGUGAGGAGAUCCUCCUCAGCCAGGACCCUGGACAUGGGACCAGUAGUGGUCCACUGCAGUGCUGGUGUUGGCAGAACUGGUACCUACAUUGUGAUAGACAGUAUGCUGCAACAGAUCAAAGACAAAAGCACAGUUAAUGUCCUGGGUUUCCUGAAACACAUCAGGACACAGCGCAACUACCUCGUCCAGACAGAGGAGCAGUACAUUUUUAUUCAUGAUGCCUUGUUGGAAGCCAUCCUUGGGAAGGAGACUGAAGUGUCUGCAAACCAGUUGCAUAGUUAUGUUAACAGCAUCCUCAUACCUGGCAUAGGAGGGAAGACAAGGCUAGAAAAACAGUUCAAGCUGGUUACACAGUGUAAUGCAAAAUACGUGGAAUGCUUCAGUGCUCAGAAAGACUGCAACAAAGAGAAGAACAGGAACUCAUCAGUCGUGCCGUCUGAGCGUGCUAGAGUGGGCUUGGCACCGCUGCCUGGAAUGAAGGGAACAGAUUACAUUAAUGCCUCUUAUAUCAUGGGCUACUACAGGAGUAACGAGUUCAUCAUAACCCAGCACCCGCUGCCCCAUACGACUAAGGAUUUCUGGCGGAUGAUCUGGGAUCACAACGCGCAGAUCAUCGUCAUGCUGCCGGACAACCAGAGCCUGGCAGAAGAUGAGUUUGUGUACUGGCCAAGUCGCGAGGAAUCCAUGAACUGUGAGGCCUUUACUGUGACCCUUAUCAGCAAAGACAGACUGUGCCUCUCUAACGAAGAGCAAAUUAUCAUCCAUGACUUUAUCCUUGAAGCUACCCAGGAUGACUACGUUCUGGAAGUCCGCCACUUUCAGUGUCCUAAAUGGCCAAACCCAGAUGCUCCCAUAAGCAGUACCUUUGAACUUAUCAAUGUAAUCAAGGAAGAGGCCUUAACAAGGGAUGGCCCCACCAUAGUUCAUGAUGAGUAUGGAGCUGUGUCAGCAGGAACGCUGUGUGCCCUGACCACUCUGUCCCAGCAGCUGGAGAAUGAAAACGCUGUCGAUGUCUUCCAGGUGGCAAAGAUGAUAAAUCUGAUGCGACCUGGAGUAUUUACAGACAUUGAACAGUACCAGUUUCUUUAUAAGGCAAUGCUAAGCUUGGUCAGCACUAAGGAAAAUGGCAAUGGUCCCAUGACACUGGACAAAAACGGUGCUGUGAUGGCCAGUGACGAAUCUGAUCCCGCAGAAAGCAUGGAGUCUCUUGUCUAAUUGGAAACCUGAAAAGGCACUUAAUUUGUAGAACUUCUGAAGACUGAGUGAACUUUUUUGAGGCCUUUUUUGCCAGACUCUAGGUUAUACAAUAACCCAAUUACUUUUUUACACUGAUAAAAGUUUUGAUAUUUAUUUUUUGCCAUUUUAUGUCUUAAUGGUAUCCUACUGAGCAUUUGCACCUCUGUUUAUUUCACACAGUGAAACGCAAUUUUAUCUAGUUUGCACUAUAUGAUCAGUGUUACUGCCUAUAAUACUCUAAUACAAGACAAGCCCUGAUGUGACAUUCCAUGACAAGCAUUUGCUUUUUCUGUUUUGUUUCAAUGCAGUGAAGUUUUGCUAACUACAGUGACCCUCGAAUCUUUCAACCUUGAAUGCUAGGCCAGGUGGAUUCUUUCUACAACAGAUUCUGUAGCCCUUCAGAUGGUAUUUAUUAUUUCAAUGAUCACGUCACAGCUUUGGUAACGGUGUUCUGCAUUCCAGUGGAGUGGAUGAACAGUGUUCAUCCUUUCCUGAUAAAACGUGGCAGGUGAUGAUUAGCUGCAGUGAAGGCGUGAUGGCCUUGUGGAGCUGAAACAAUGAUUCCUGUAUUGUUUCAAAUUGCUGUUUUGUACACUCAGAGGCCUAAGACUUGCUUCACAUGGAAUAUAUUGAUUACAUGCAAUACAAUUAUGAAUUAGAUGUGAUUCAGAUGUGGGACACAGUGAGAGGUUUUGAAUUUACACUUUCAAAGUUUCCCCCAUGUGUUCAGAAAAACGUCAGGUUUAGUUUUUAACCAGCCCCACGAUGGGAAAGUAUCUUGGUUUUAUUCUCAUCAGAGCCAAUACAGUGAGAAGUCUCCUAUGACCCCAAUCGGACCUAUUUUCAGAUAUAUCGAAGGUAGAGCAAUAUUUUACAUUACUAAGCUAUUCAAUAUUUUAAACACAUUAAUUUCCUUACUAUUUCUUGACUAUGACCUCACACCUAAUGGUAUGUUACACGAUGACAGGCGUUUCUUAAUUUCAUAACUGUUAGAUGCCAUUUUUACAGGUGUGUAAUUUUCAUACUUUAGUGCUAAAACAUAAAGUACUGAUCCAUAUUUACUGGUGAAGCAAACUAAUAAAAAAAAACUACCUAUAAAUUUACAUUCUCCCUCUUUUUUUUUGCCAGACUAAUUCUUUAGCACAAACCUAGCUUAUUGUGUUUUGCCUCCCACACCAACAAAAUGGUUACCCCCUAGAUUAUAUAAAUAAUUGAAUUAUUGUUUGGAGCAUUUAAGAAUAAAUCCUCACUGGCUCCCUUUUCCGUUGUAUUUGGUCACAACUCAACAAAGGCUGUCCCUAUUUAACGAAAGAAGGAAGCACAUACUUAAUUCUCCUGCAAAUUAAAGUUAAUUGUGUCCUUUGUAGCUUGGCUGAGUAGGGAGAGGUUAUUGAAUCUGCUUGAAAGGGAAAUCUUGUCAUCUCAACCACCCUGAUGUUUGGUUUGUAGUUAAAGGCACUAUCCCAGGUACAUAGCAUUGGUUUCUUUACUCACAAGUUUCAGCUGUGCAAAACAUGUAUUGUCAUUUUCAGGUCUUGUUAGAAUGUUACAGCAUAUUCUUCCAUUUAAAUGUAAACUUGUUAAUUUCUGCCAGUCCUGUCUUGCUGAAAUACAGACAUUUGGCAGGCAAAACCCACUACUUUUGUUGGAGAGGAGGGCAGGGAGGAAGCUUAGCUAAGAGGAGACUUCUGUGCAUUUUCACACCUGAAGAAGCUUAAAGAGAACUCCUUAAAAUUCUGUUGGGAACUAGGUAUUUUGAUUCAGAACCUCACGAGGUAAGAGGCUGAUAGAGCCUGGCUAAGAGCAGAGGAGCUGUGCAGACUGCUAUGUGCUAACAGCUGGCCUUUUUAAUUUUCAAUAAGGAGAAGACUUUCUAGUAUGGAUACAAUUGAAUAAUUCCAACAUCAAAGUAUUUAAGAAUUCAUCAGCAACUUUUUUACUCAGUACUUUUACUUCUCAGUUUGUUGAAUCCUCCAUACAAGUGAUGGAAAUAUCUGCUAAUGCUGAACAGUAUCAUAUAUCCAGUAAGGAAAUCCCAUGUCCAGAAACAGAUAGUCCAAUUAAAAAAAAUGUGCAAAAUGUUUCAAAAGGUUGCUUUGUAGUUUUCCUCCCCAUUGCAGUGGGACAGCCCAGCACCAAGGAGUCAGUUCAUGUCUAGUAGGAGCUGAGACUGGCUCUCCAGUCUCUACACCCAGUAAUGAGAGUCAUUGAAGGAAGUUUUUGAGUAUUGCAGCCUACAAGGGCUGGAAGGAUUUGCUGAGUGGUGUGCUGGCCAGUGUGCACCAGCGUGAGAGGCUGGGGGAGCCCCCCCUUGCACCCCCAGCAGUGACCCUGGCCCCAAGCAGUUCCGGCUGAUAGCACAAAGGGGCUCUGAUGAGUUGGAUCAGUUCAAUCUGAAGUAUUUAAGUUCCUGGGGAGAUGUAGAGAGAAGUUAAGAAUUCAGACCCUGACAGGAGCUAAGUGACACAAAGAUUACUGCAGGCAUCAAGAGGGGUGGAUUUGAUCGGUACUUUCAGCUGAUUACUUUUCAUUUCACUGGUGUGAUGGAAGAUAACUGGUUCAUGACACACCACCUGAAUAUCCUUGGUUUAAUCCCUUACCUGUGCACAAGUUCUAAAAAAAUCAAUGAAAGAAGGCUGUGGGGGCUGAACUUUGGUAGAUGCUUUGGAAAUCCGUGCAUUUGCAUUGGCAUUUUCCCACACCUGAAAUACUUGCUUGGGGUUUAAUCCACGGGGAAAUGAUUUACACUGAUGUUCUAUGAGUUCUCCAUGGAUUUUUUCUUAGGGGGGUUCAAGCUGUGUGUUAAGUGCUGUGCUGACAGUCAGGUAGCCAAUAGACAGUAGUGAUGCAUUAGCCUUGAAGCGGAUGAAGCGAGGAAUUGCUUGUGAAGGUCAGGAUCAAGAACACACAGGACCCAAAUCUGUUCUGCUCUAAGUAGCUGCAGCUCUGCUCUCUUACACAGAUUUGCCUCCUUAGCCUGGGGCUGAGCAAGGAGUGAGAUGUGCACUCGUAGAGCUCUGCUGAGAUGCUCUCAUGAGUGUCUGGCCAAAGUCCCACUCAUCACAACCUUGCUUUUGUCACACCAACCACCGCCCCACUACCACCACUGUCACCACUUCUCCAUGUUCGGUCAGGAUGUCUUUCAACAUCAGGAGUUCUCAGACAAGGUUUGGGCCUGCAAAUUAGAACCUCGGUAUAUCCCAUCACUAUAAAAUGUGGCCUUCAGCACCAGCCCUGAGAAAUAAGGAAAUAAAGGACCAAAGUACGUGUUCAGAAAUAUUCUUUCUCCAUGUCUUGCAUGUGUACUGUGCCCACAGACCGUGUGAAUGAUGACUUGUAUGCGUUGAGCCCAUCAGAGCAGCCAAGCCUUCCAAGGGGGAAUGCUUGGAAAGCUGCUGUGCCACUGUAACGUCUGAAAUGGGUGACAGUCUCAGCCCAAGGCCCCAUGCUAGAAACUCUCCUGCACUGAACUUUGCAUGGGUAGGCAGGUCUGGGGGUGCCCAUAGGCCUGCUCAAGUGUGCAAGCUGAGCACCCAGUCUUCUGCAGGACCAAGGCCUAAGGAACACUCAUUUUAUCAGCAUUUGUCCUUAGCAUUUCACAGUGUCUGCUUCCAAAUGUGAAUUUAGGAACAAGAAAAAGAAAAAUCCCAAACCCUUAAACUAUUUCUCACAUGUGACUCUUUCUGUACUGUGGGUCUGUUCUAGGUUAGUGGGAUCAUUUACAGGAUCUGCAAAAUGUCACUCGCUUUUCCAGUUUCUGACUGCUUGAAGUGCUUGAGCCCAGAGUGAUACGUUGGAACAUUAGGAGAAGAAUCUUUAUGAUACAGCACAACUGCCUUCUUAAUCUUUUUUUUAAGCUGAUAUAUUUUAUUUAAAAGCUAAAAAAGUAUAGAUAUCAAUUCUACCAAAGAUACAAACUACUAAUUCUCAGCAAAACAAAACCAACUUAAUUAAAAAAAUAAAGUAGUUGUCUUAAAGAUAUAGCAGUCUUGCUCAAAUUCAUGUCUUCUGACAUCAGAUCUUGUGUUCUGAAGUUUAUGUUCAAAUGGUGCCAGUGAAUUUUUAUAUGAAGGGAAAAUGCCUAUUUGUUUAAUCCACUGCGUUGCUUUUCUUCUUUUCUUUGGGUUUUUUUUUACAGAUGUAAUUCAACACUUAAUGUUACCCCUUUGCUCUUCUCUUUGUUGCCAUUCUAACAAUGUGAACUACAUUGGCUUUACUUAUCAAAGGAGAAAGAAUGCAAAAAUAGAGAGAGAAGGAACUGUAAUGAAGAGAUUUGGCCUCUGCUUUCUCUUAGCUGUUAAACUGUUUUUAGUGUUUUUGUUAAAUCUUUGCAAAGGGAAGCAUUUUCUACAGAGGAUAAUUAAUUUCAAGAAAAAUGUCUUGAGUUUUAAGAAUAAACGUCUCCAAAAGAGGAGAUAGUCAAUUUUAUACAAUGUCACAACUCUCCAACAUUUGGGGUAGUGACUUUUUUUGUUUUGUUAGGACAUUUGAAACUAGCAAGCAGUCAUUGUUUCUAAAGACCGACGCAUUCAUGUGGACUCCGAUUUUCUUUUCCUUCAUUUUUAAAAUAGCAAAGUCAUUAAAAACUGUAAAUAUUUUGUUGCUUGGAUAAGCAUCUUCUGGGAACUUUGUAUCUAUGGUAUAUAAUCAUAGAAUUUUAUAUUUUCAUAUAAAGCUAAUUUUUUUCUAGUUUCACCUCCUUCCUAGUUCUGUGGUGGCUAUGUGAAUACAUCCCUUCUGUGUACUGAGGUAGUGAGACACCAUCAUCACACUCCAAAAAAAGAUUUCCACGUGUGUCAUUUCUUUGGGGCAGUGAUUGUGAAAGUUGGAUAUUCUUUUUUUUUUGGAUUCCAUUGUCAGUGUGUGCAAUAGGAAUUAGACUUAGCCAGUCACUGGAUACAUUUGUCUCAUUGAUCCAUUCAGAAAAAAAGCAAAAAAGAUGAAAAAAAUGUGGUGUUUGGUUUGGGGAGAGGGUGGGAGGGAGGAUUUGGAGGGAGAUCUUUUGGUUUGGUUUGGUUUUUGUUUGGGGGUUUUUUGUAACUUGAAGAAUCUUCUUUUUGUUAUGUUAAACUAUAUCAAAUCAUUCUAUU